AUGGAGAUGAUUGAUAUCAAUGAAUUACCAGUUUUAAGUGGUGGGGAAGACAAAAGAAUAUGGCCAUAUAGAAUUUCAGGCGAGUUUUCUGUGGCAUCUGUUGUUGAGAAAAUAAGAGAUAAAUUUCUAAAAUUACACUGGACAACUCAGGUAUGGCACUCUUCUAUUCACCCUAAUGUAUCAAGCAACAUAUGGAAGCUUGUUGGAGAUAUUUGUGCCACAGAUGAAAAUCUCAGAAAGAGAAAAGUACAAUUAGCUUCAAGAUGUUGCUUCUGCAGAAAAGAAGAAGAAAAUAAGGAUCAUAUAUUAUGGUUUUGCAACUUCAGUGAACUAAUUUGGAAAUGGCUAGGAAACAUGUUUAAUUUCAUCAAUCCUUAUUCAUUUGAGGAAGUGCUUAAAAAAGCAAAAAACAAAAGUCCUGCCAUUAAGGAAAUUUGGAGGAUAACAUAUUUCAUUACAAUGAGAGAAUUGUGGUUUACAAGGAAUAAAUGCUUGUAUGAAGAAGAAGGCUUCUCCCUGGAGCAGGUAAAGAAAAAGAUUCUGAAGUGUACUAGAGUUAAGGAAAUUUUCUUUCACCUCCCUACUACAAAUAAUAUAUUGCUAUGUUGUGAUGGUGCAUCAAAAGGGAAUCCUAGCAUUUCAGGAUAUGGUUUCAUAGAAAGAACACACUCAGGGGAAUUUUUGAUUGUUGUAUCUGGAGGUUUGGGUAUUUCAACAAAUUAUUAUGCAGAGAUUUUGUCAAUUCUGAAUGCAGGAGAAUGGGCAGUAAGCAAGGGCCACAGAGAGGUUUGGUUCAUAACAGAUUCAGCAGCUGCAAUAUAUGCUUUUCAGAGUAGAAAAGUUCCAUGGUUUUCCAUUAAAAGAUGGGAGAAAAUUUGUGCAAGUCUGAACUCGUGGUGCUUUAUUCAUAGCUACAAGGAGGUUAAUUUUUCUGCAGAUGGUUUGGCAAAGAAAGGUGCUAAUCUUGCAAGAGGUGAAAGAAGAGUGUAUUUGUCAAGACCUGAAUUCUUAGUGACACUAGAAAUUCCAAAUAAGUCUUACUACAAAUUUUAUUAA